AUGCUGUGGAUAUUUCGUUAUUUUCUUGUCUGUGUUUCGGUCACCAGCCUUGUAACCGCUGAGGAUCAAUGCAGGAUAGAAAUUAACAUUCGUGGCAUGGCUCUCAAAGGUUUCGUUUUCAAGAGAAUGGCGGUAGCAGCUCCUCAUAUCUGUGAUUUCUUAUGUGAAAGGGACAUUACAUGCCAGAGCUACAAUUUCAACAGAAAAGAACAGAUCUGUGAAUUGAACAACCGCACAAAGGACGCAAGACCCGAGAACUUCCGCUCGGAUCCAGCGUGGUUUUAUAUUCGCCGUUUGAACGCAAGAGGUAACUAUUCAGCCCAUAAUGUUUGAUAAUAAUUAUCAAUAUUUUGGUCAUACGCUCGACUUUGCUUACAGUCCGCGUUUUCUGAUCUCCCACGCUCAUCGGUAUUGAUUUUUCUAUCAUUUCUCAAUUCUAAUAAUGAACGACAUCAGUUCUAUUCCUUUUCUUUGUAGUUGCUUUGUAGUUUCCCAGCAAUAACGUAGCUCCAUCUUCUGCAGAUAAACACAAAACCCACAACUCGUGUGGAAACGAAACGAAACGUUAACUUUGAAACUCUGAACGGUGGCCAACUUACGUUAUCAACUCGGUUGACAAUACCAAAUAACCUUGUUAUACUCUCUCACCGACGCAGCACCACACUUUCUUUAGAAACUUACCCCCUUUAUUCAGUUCAGCUUUUAUUCAACUUCUUCAGAAAAAAAGCUUUGAUGAAUGUGUGAAAUAGUGAAAAAAAAUUAUUUAUUUCAAUUUCUUCUUUAAAAUGAUACAAAAAGCUUAGGGUCUUGAAAGAAGAUAAAAAAGCUGCUGGCCCUAAAGGAAGGGUUUAAAAGUGUGGGGGGCCCACUUCCCAAGAGAAGGGUGCUUGACAGAGCAUUUAAUUUAACACAUUCAAAGGCGGAAAUUUAAGUGAAUGAGAUUAGAUCCUCAUUCUAAUUCUCUCGUGUUUUUCACUCUCGGCUUUCGACUUGUGCACCCACAUAUAUUUAAUUUUCAACAUUUUUACCCUUACCAGCUCCCUUGGGUUCGAUUCCGGAGUUACCAGCACGUUCAUGCCGGGAAAUAACAGCAAGCGAAGGAAAAACCACUGCAAGCAACAAAUACUGGCUGGAUCCAUCUGGCACUGGGAAGGGAAUUCUGGUUUACUGUGAUAUGCAUUUGGAAGGU